GUACGUUUUUUUUUUGUAUUUUAAUACGAAAACUCCUCAAUUUUUUACUCCUGGUUUUUCACCAUCACAGGCCCGCAGCCAAUUCACUUCAAGAACACCAUCCCUCCCACCGUGAUAAUCACCAUUGAUGAAAAUGGCGGCUUUCCCCCAAUUCUCUUGAAGCCGUUUCAGGGGGCGAAACAGAAAUUACAGAACCGAAAGCAAAACCCUUUUUUUUCCGCCUCAGCCGAUACCAAGAAGGGCCACGCCGAGUACCCAUCAACCGAAAUCAUUGUCAAAACCCUCUUUUUACCCAGGAAGAUAAUUUUGGACUCAAGAUCGACGAUUGGAGCAGGUGACUGGUUUCAAAUAUGGAUAUCAGAAAGUGGUUCAUCAAGAAACAUGACAACGGCAUUGACAAUGCUUCAAAGUCUGUGAAACCCUCUACACUAGAUAAACCAUCUCCUGAUACUUCAAAUCCAGGGAAACCGCUCCGGGAAGGAAAGGAAACUUCAGGGAGAAGGAAAACUAGUAAGUACUUUGCAAAAGAUAAUGCCAGAGAAGAGGAGGUUGUGGAAUUGUCUUCCAAGAGAAAGGCUCAAAGAGAUAGUGAAGAAUCAUCUGACAACAGUAAGCCACCCCCUCAUAAGAAAGUCCACAAAGCUGGGGAUGAUGAUGAUGAUUUUGUCAUUCCUAAACUUGGGAAGCGUUCUGCUGACAUCACCCCUAGCAAAAAAAUAAAAAGUGGUUCUGGCCGCGGUGUUCCUAAAAAAUCUAUCGAUUAUGACAAUGAUGAUGGUGGCGGCAGCGACGGUGAGGAUACCAUGCCUAUCCAAAAAUCUAGUGGAAGGGCACGUGGUGGAAAAACUACACUAGCAGGUCGUGCGAGUGGGAGGAAGAUAGAUGUUGAUAAAAGUGAUGAUGAUGAAACUGAUGAAAAGGAUAUAAAACCCUCAAAGCCUGGCGGACGAGGUCGUGGAGGAGGAGCUGCAGAAGCUCCUGCCAGUGGAAGAGGCCGAGGUGGAGGAAGGGGUGGAUUCAUGAGUUUUGGCGAAAGGAAAGAUCCUCCUCACAAAGGGGAGAAGGAAGUCCCUGAAGGUGCCCCAGACUGUUUAGCUGGGUUGACGUUUGUCAUUUCUGGGACUCUGGACAGUUUGGAAAGAGAAGAAGCCGAGGAUUUGAUAAAGCGGCAUGGUGGUCGUGUUACUGGAUCUGUUAGCAAAAAAACGAAUUACCUCCUCUGCGAUGAAGAUAUUGGGGGGCGGAAAUCUGAAAAGGCCAAGGAACUUGGCACUACUUUUAUGACUGAAGAUGGAUUGUUUGACAUGAUCCGCGCAUCAAAAAAAGCAAAAACACAAGAACCCAAGAAACCUAAAGAUGAGGUUCGCCCUUCUCCAAAGGAUGAAAGCCCAAAAAAUCCUGAACCUAAGAAAAGCGUAGCUACCAAAGAGCACAUCAGGGUCACCUCUCCUGCCAAGAGAAAAAACCAAUCUUCAAAAGAUUCUUGUUUGCCAUGGACAGAAAAAUACCGGCCAAGGAAUCCAGACGAGUUAGUUGGGAACCAGUCAUUGGUGAAACAACUCGAAGAUUGGCUUACACAUUGGAAUGAGCAGUUCCUAGAUAGUAGCAAGGGGAAAGGGAAGUCAAAUAAACAGAAUGAUGUUGUUAAAAAAGCUGUUUUAUUAUGUGGAACACCUGGUAUAGGGAAAACUACAUCUGCAAAGUUGGUCUGUAAAAAGCUGGGGUUCCAGGCUGUGGAGGUUAAUGCUAGCGACAAUCGUGGAAAGGCUGAUUCCAAAAUUGUGAAGGGUAUUGGUGGAAGUACGGCUAAUUCCAUAAAAGAGCUUGUCAGUAACGAAUCUCUUAGUGUUAAAGGAGUCCGCUCUCCACAUUCAAAAACAGUUCUGAUAAUGGAUGAGGUUGAUGGGAUGUCUGGUGGAGAUAGAGGUGGUGUGACCGAUCUUAUUGCUAGUAUCAAAACCUCAAAAAUACCUAUAAUCUGCAUUUGUAAUGACCGCUACAGUCAGAAGCUAAAGAGCCUUGUCAACUAUUGUUUACUACUUAGCUUCAGGAAACCCACAAAGCAACAGAUGGGAAAGAGGUUAUUACAGAUUGCAAAAGACGAGGGCCUUCAAGUUAAUCCGGUCGCAGUUGAGGAAUUGGGAGAACGAUGUAAUGGUGACAUGCGCAUGGCACUGAACCAGUUGCAGUAUAUGUCUCUUUCCAAGUCUGUAAUCAAUUAUGAUGAUGUCCGACAGCGCCUCCAAACCAGCUCAAAGGAUGAAGACAUGUCACCUUUUACGGCAGUUGAUAAGUUGUUUGGUAUUAACGCUGGGAAGUUAAAGAUAGAUGAGCGUAUUAGCUUGUGCAUGAGUGAUCCUGAUCUUGUGCCUCUUAUUAUUCAGGAGAAUUAUAUCAAUUAUUGUCCAAGUUCUGGCGGGAAAGAUGAUAAUGGAUUGAAAAGGAUGAGUUUGAUUGCUCGUGCUGCUGAGUCUAUUGCUGAUGGCGAUGUAGUGAAUGUACAGAUUAGAAGAUUUCAACAGUGGCAGCUCUCACAAAUGGGCUCCUUGGCCUCUUCAAUAAUACCUGCUGCUUUGUUGCAUGGACGUAGAGAAGUGCUAGAGCAGGGCGAACGCAACUUCAACCGGUUUGGAAGCUGGUUGGGGAAGAACUCUACAAGGGGAAAGAAUUACCGUCUUCUUGAGGACUUGCGUUUUCAUAUGCUAGCAUCCUCUGAAUCUAACUUGGAGAGGAGAGCUUUGAGACUUGACUACUUGACUCUUCUUCGUAAAAAAAUCACUGAUCCACUACGAACAAUGUCGAAGGAUGAAGCCAUUGAAAAAGUUGUGGAGUUCAUGGAUUCAUACUCAAUAACCCAAGACGACUUCGAUAGUAUAGUGGAGAUAUCCAAAUUCCAGGGGCAUUCCAAUCCAAUGGAGGGAAUACAGCCAGCAGUGAAAGCUGCUCUAACAAGAGCAUAUAACAAAGGAAGCAGCUCCCGGGUGGUACGGACGGCUGAUUUAAUAACCCUUCCCGGGUUAAAGAAGGCCCCGAAGAAGCGGGUUGCUGCAAUGCUGGAGCCCCUUGAUGAAACCCUAGAGGAGGGAAAGAACGACGUACUGGAAGAAGAUGAAGAUGAAGACUCGGACACAGAGGAAGAUGAUGCACUGGAUCCCGAGAAAAAGCUUCAAUCAGAUCUUCAAAAUCUCAAUUCAAAGGGAAUCGAAGUGAACGUAGAUUUGAAAGCUUCUGGUUCAGGUGCCAAGAAGGCACCCGCCGGAAGAGGAAGAGGAAAAGUAACCGCGCCUAAAGCUGCAGAAAAGAGCGGUGGCUCCAAGAGAAAGCGAUGAAUGCCACCACCGCCACCACCACAAACCUUGAUAAUGAAUGCCACCGCCGCCGCCGUUUCAACUCUGGUAUCUUUUUUGGUGUUAGAAGAGUAGAUCAAUUGUGACUUGCUGGAUUUUUUUUGGCAUUGUUUGGAUCACUGAUUCUGAUGUUACUCCGUAUUAUACUUUGCCCUCAUGGAGUUAAUAAUGUAGUACUAGUCUUGGUCUUUUUUUUUUUUUACUAGUUUUAACUGUUUUUACUCCCUCUCUUUUAUUAAGAUCUUUCAAAACUUUCAUUUUUAUGUUAAUAUACAUAAUAAUUUUUGUUUAAUUGAAGAAAGUUUAUCUAGUUUG